AUGCGGGGCAUCCAGGUUGCUGAAUAUGUCAAGGGGCCCAAGGACCUCAAAGUGACCGAGCUUGCUGACCCCAAGCCGUCACCCGACCAAUAUCUCAUCGAGGUACACGCCGCAGCCACCAACUUUUUUGAUAUUCUCCAGAUUCAGGGGAAAUAUCAACACCAGCCUCCAUUUCCUUGGGUAUCUGGCGCAGAGUACUCGGGUGUCGUUCUCGCGGCUCCUGCAAACUCCAAAUCACCCAAGUUCCCCGUCGGCAGUCGCGUAUUCGGCGCCAGCCAAGGCGCCUACGCGACGAAGGUGUGUGCCACCGAAGAACAGCUGCUCCCCGUGCCGCAAGGCUGGUCCUUCACGGAUGCAGCGGGUCUCUUCGUGACAGCCCCCACCAGCUACGGCGCCCUGGUCCUACGCGCCGGCGUGAAAGCCGGAGAUUGGGUCCUCGUCCAUGCCGCCGCAGGUGGUGUCGGUCUCGCCGCCGUCCAAAUCGCGAAGGCAUUCGGCGCUACGGUGAUCGCGACGGCAGGGACACCGCGGAAGCUUGAGGUUGCACGUGCUUUUGGCGCUGACCAUGUCGUUGAUUACCGUGAUGCGUCGUGGCCGGAUCAAGUGCGCAAACUCACACCUAAAGGCCGGGGUGUCGAUAUCGUGUACGACCCUGUUGGUCUAGUUGAUAAAAGCACCAAGUGCGUUGCAUGGAACGGACGGAUCCUCGUUGUCGGCUUCGCUGCGGGUUCCAUUGAAAAGGUUGCCAUGAACAAGGUGCUGCUAAAGAACAUAUCACUUGUAGGAAUCCAUUGGGGCAUGUAUGCUAAAUUCGAGAAGGAAAGCGUUCCUGUUGUGUGGAAGGGGAUCGGCAGGCUUAUUGAGCAGGGCAAGUUCAAGAGUACUGUCUUCACGGAUAAAGAAUUCGUCGGCCUUGAGGCGAUUCCUGAUGCCCUCGUUGCCCUCGGUGGCAGAGAGUCUUGGGGCAAAGUUGUGGUCAAGGUCCCUCAGGCUGGUGAGAGCAAGUUAUAA